GAAGCGCGCGGGACCGGCCGCACGUGUUCCUGGGAGCGGGACCGGGACCGGGAUCGGAACCGAGACCGAGAUCGAGAUCGGAACCGGGACCAGGACCGGGACCGGGACCGGGACCGCGGCCAUGGCCCAGCUCCGCCUCACCGACUUCUUCAGCCAGACAAAAGCGACCACCGGAGCCCCGGCCAAGCGCAGCGGCGGCCGCCUGCUCAAGGCCGGCCUCGCCGCUCGCCCGGUGCACCGGCAGGAGGAGGAUGGUGUCCCGGCGGGGCUCGGCGGCCGCUCGCUGCCGCUGCCCGGCUCUCCGCGCACCCCGGCCCGCGGGGGCUCCCCGGCCCUGCGGGGCCUGGCGGGCAGGAAGCGGAGCCGCCGGGAGAUGGAAGCGGGGUCGCCGGUCGGGGCCCGGCUCCGGGAACCGAGCGGGAAGUCGGCGCGGAAGAGGCUGGAGCUGCCCCGGGAUGCGGAGCCGGGGUCUCCGGGAGCGGCCACCAGCUCUUCGCCUCUGGCCACUCCUCGACCCCCGACACCGCUCUCACAGGACCCGGCCGUGUCCCCCCCGGCCAGCAGCAGCGGCUCCCCGGGCCGUGGGCAGGACACGGGGACAGAGCCCGGCCCGGCAGCCCCGGGGCCGGCCCGGCGCCUGCAGCGGGAGGACGUGGCCGAGCUGCAGGGCCGCCUGCAGAGGAUGAAGGUGCUGGGCCAGGUCCCCCGUGUCCCCAGCGGGACCAGCAGUGACCUGCGGAGCCGCCUGGAGCGCGUGCGGCAGCUGGAGCAGCGCGUGCGGCAGAGGAGAGCGGCCAGCGGGGACACCGGGGACAGCGGGGACCCCGGGGUGGCAGCUCCUGGGGCAGAGACCGGCCAGAAGCCCCCGGCGUACCAGCGCUUCCACACGCUGGCCCAGGAGCUGCCCCCGGGGCUGACGCUGCCCUACAAGUUCCGAGUGCUGGCAGAGAUGUUCCGCAGCGUGGACACCAUCACCGGGAUGCUCUUCAACCGCGCCGAGACCGUCACCUUCGCCAAGGUCAAGCAGGGCGUGCAGGACAUGAUGCGCAGGCAGUUUGAAGAGCAGCACUUGGGGCAGAUCAAGGCUGUGUAUCCCAGCUCGUACCGGCUGCGCCAGGAGAAGAACGUCCCCACCUUCGGCAGCGGUGGGAAGAAGAAGUCUGAGUAUCAGCUCACGCUGGAGCCAGUCCUGGGGGAAGAGGAGAAGGUGGAUGGGCGCCCACACCUGUCGGCAUCACGGCUGCUGGAGCGCCGGAGGGAAUUCCACCGCAACCUGGUGAACAUCGUCAGGGAGCACCACAAGGCGUUCCUGGCUGCCCUCAGCCCUCCCAUGGUGGUGCCAGAGGAGAAGCUGACCCGGUGGCAUCCCCGCUUCAACGUGGAUGAGGUGCCAGACAUCAGCCCCGCGGAGCUGCCGCGGCCGCCGCAGGAGGACAGGCUGAGCACGGCCCAGGAGGUGCUGAGCACGGCCCGGGGGAUGCUGAGCCCCAAGAUGGAAAAAGCUCUUGCCAACCUGGCCCUCAGAACGGCCGAAGCCAGUGCGGGGGAACCGGCGCUUUCCCAAGCCCCGGCCCCUGCCAGCGCCUCCAGCGCGCUCAGAGGGGUGUCCCAGGGGCUGCUGGAGCGGGUGCGGGCGAAGGAGGCGCGGCGGCUGGCGGCGCUGCUGACGCGGGACGCGCGGCAGGAGGAGCGGGCGGCGCGGCUGGCGCGGCUGCCGGCCAUGGCGCGCCUCCUGCGCGGCGUCUUCGUGGCCGAGAAGAAGCCGGCGCUCGGCAUGGAGCUGCUCUGCGCCCGCCUGGCCGACAGCUGCCCCGAGCUGGUGGCACCAGGUGAGAUGGAGAAACACGUGCGGCUCUUCGCGGAGCUGCUGCCCGACUGGGUGGGCGUCCACGCGCUCAGGACGGACACCUACGUCAAGCUGGACAAAGAGAAGGACCUGGGCCUCGUCACCGAGAGGCUCAACAAGGCGGCCAAGGAGGCCGGAGCCCUCUGAGCCCCUCAGGGUUGGGGUUUUUCCUGUGCAAUCUCCUCGAAAUGUAGCAAAUCCCGACAGCGCUCUGGGUUCUGGGGUGGGCUGGAGGGAGGCUCGUCCUCGGGUGGCUGAGGAAGGGCAAAAUGCCUUAAUUUAACUAAUUUCUGUGGUGGGAGCCGUGAGGAUUGUAGGUCCCCAUGUCCUGGAGCGAUCCUGUGUCCUGGGGUGGUGAUGAAAGCAAUCGUAACCUGAGGAACCUUUUCUUCUCCCUUUCCUGGUUCUCCUGAAGGUUCAAUGCAUGAGGGGUCUCCUGAAGGUCCAAUUUCAGAGGUUUCUUCCAUUAACUGGGUCCUGGUGGGGUGAAGGCAGAACAGGGCAGGCUGAGAGGGUGGCAGAUGGGAAGGAGUGAGAGAAAAAGUCACAAAUUGAUGUUUCUGGAGCUUCGGGCCUCGUUCUGUUUUUAAGGCAGGGAAAACGCAUCUUCCAGUCCUCGCUGGAAACAACUACAGGACUUGUCAAAACACAUUUGUAUUAAAUGUUUUAAAUAUAGUUGACUUGU